GAACGCACCAAAGCGUUAUGCAGUUCAGAAGUAUAUGCCGGUAUAAACGGCCUCUCGCAAAAGGGACGUUUAAGGUAAUUAGGACGCAUAGAUAAGCCAGGAUUUUAGUACUCUUGAUGCCAUGCAGACCAGCUUUGUUUUCCUGGCAGUAAUAGUGGCGUGUUAUGCCGCCACAACCAUCAAACCAAACCAUGUGACUCACACCACGCAUGCGCACUUUACGCAUGCUGACCACACUACGAAUGAGCCAGCGGAAAGGGACAUGAUUACCUUCCAGUUUCAGCCAACCACCCACCAUCUCCUUGUGAAGACCAAACCUGACAGACUGACCACAAACUGCUACAUCGCCACCCUGACCGACACCGAGCAUGCGAAUAUUCACACCGACUACGGCAUGAGAUCCGUCGAGUUGAGACUCCUCGCGGCUCUGGGAAGCGCGACUGCCGUAACCGACGUCAGCACGCUAGACCAACGUGAUAUCGAUUCCUGUGGAAUGUACAAUCACGAAAGACCCCAUUACUACACUAUCAGCGUCUAAGUCACAUGCAAGCAAAUAUUAUAAUUUGUGGUUUCAUAAAAUAAAUACAUGUUUAAAAACUAUGUAAAUAGUGCUUUAGUUUUUAGUGUUUUAGUCACUGUAGGAACGACAAGUGCGGACUUCAAUAAACCAUUUAUGCAUGCAAAAUGUUUAAUUUAUUUAUAAUUGCUGCAGAACGUCAAAGUAUUUAAAGUGUGAAUAAACAAAUAAAUUAUUAAUUUUCUCGAUUCUAUUUGGAUGUGUCAUAUCAGACAUUUACUCAUUUUGUUAUAUUUAUGAUAAGACCGGGACAUGUUUUGCAAAAUGUAUUUGCUUAAUUAACAACGUUACAAUAAUGUUUAUCUAUGGCUAUAAAAAAUUUAAUGCGCAUCUUCAUGAUUUUUUGAACAAUUUGAAUUGAUUACUUACACACAUUCACGAAACAUAGCUGAUUAAUAUUUGUCUGAAUUUAUAUCCUGACCUAUCAUGCACCAAACUGCUAACUUCAACACUUUGUAAGGGCGAACAUUCAUGCAAUUUGUGUAUUUUCAAUACGCAAAAAACGAAUAAAUGUAUCAAAGUCUUAAUUGUCAAUGACAUUAGCAUGAUUGAAAUAUAUUAUAGGUAAAACACCAUAUGAAGUACAGAAACAUUUAAAUAUUUUAAAAACAUAUUGUGACACGUGGGGUCUAAAGGUAAAUACUUAAAAGACAAAAAUCAUUGUUUUUCGUAAACGGGGUGGCUUACGGCAUAAUAAAAGCUGGACAUACAAUGAGUAAAACAUAGAAGUUGCAAGUGAUUUUAACUACUUAGGAACAGUCUUUAAUAACACUGGAAAAUUUAUCUUAAAUCAAGAGCAUCUAGUUGAAAAAGCGUUGAAAGCUAUGAAUGUUCUUUUGUGUAAGUGUAAGGAAUUUGACUUAAGACCUAAGACAAUGCGUCAGUUAUUUGAUGCCUUUGUGAGUCCUAUUUUGAAUUAUUCCUAUGAGGUUUGGGGAUAUACUAAGUCAAAGGAACUGGAAAGAGUGCAUCUCAAGUUCUGUAAGCGGUUAUUGAAUGUUAAAAUGAAUACAUGUAAUGCAGUCACAUAUAGUGAAUAAGGAUGAUACCAUUUGUUUAUUAAUAGGUAUUUUAGAAUUAUUAAAACUAUUUAUUCACAAUCUGUAGCAGGUUGUUAUAACGGUCAUUUGAAUUGGGCCGCAAAUAUCAGAAAAUUGUUAACAGAAUAUGGCUUUGCAUAUAUAUUUGACAAUCCUAACGUUAUCGAUCAGGAUACAUUUUUGAAUGAAUUUAAAACCCGUAUUAUAGACACUUUUAAGCAAGAAACUAGAUCUAAAAUAGAAAAUAGCUCUAUGUUAAAUCUAUACAAGUAUUGUAAACAAUCACAUUACCAUGAACAAUAUCUAGAUAUUUUGUCCAAAAGUAAUCGUUCUUUUAUGAGCAAACUUAGAUUAAACGGACUUCCUCUAAAUAUACAAAUAGGCCGUUAUAAACAAAUUCCUAGAGAAGACAGAUAUUGUACCUUUUGCAAUUCUAUAGAUAUAGAGGACGAGUACCAUUUUGUCAUUAUAUGCAUUUGUUAUACUGCAAUUCGAAAAAAAUAUAUUAAACAAUAUUACUUUGUUAAACCUUCUGUAUUUAAAUUUACACAACUUUUGACCUCAUGUAAUACGACAGAUAUAAAUAAUCUUUGUAAGUUUGUCAAGGAAGCUCUAAACUUCAGAAAUGCACUUAAUUUUGUAAAUAACUAAAUCACAGUUCAUCUCCGAAUAAGAUCUCGAGUAAGUUCGUAUAACUCUUUCAUUAAAUGCUAUGUCAUGUUGUUUUAUGCAUUAUACAUGUUAUGUAUCGAAGACGAUGUACAUGUACAAGUCUUAAAUAAAAUGUUCUGUUCUGUUCUGUUCAUGUUCAACGUUUUACAAAGAGAACUGUGAAUAUAAACAAACUUUACCUUAUAAUAUUGCGCUGUUAUCACCGGUGCAAUUGGAAAUACAAGAACAUUUCCCAGACAUAUCAGAUUUAACCCCGCUGUACUAACGAGCGCUAUCAAGCGCUUUGGGAUCACACUAGUCUUUUUGUUCAUCCUCAUUGCUUAUAUACUGUUACUGAAAUUUAUUUAUUUGAAUAUAUUAGAUUACAUCCCAUUUGCGUACUACUUUAUAAAUGUAUAUUGUUACUGAAAUUUAGUUAUUUGAAUAUAUAAGAUUACUCAGGUAUAACUAGCAUUGUCAUUUCCAUGUUGACACAAGACUUUUGUAUCAUAUGUACAUAUGUUAUGAAGACGAUGUACUAUGUGCAAGUCUUAAUAAAUCAUCUGUUCUGUUC